UCUGCAGCCGUACUUCCGGGCGCCGAUGCAGCAGGAUGCAGAAGGUCUCCGUGUUACUCUUCCUGGCCUGGGUCUGCUUCCUCUUCUACGCUGGCAUUGCCCUCUUCACCAGUGGCUUCCUUCUCACCCGUUUGGAACUCACUAACCAUAGCAGCUGCCAAGAGCCCCCAGGUCCUGGGUUCCUGCCAUGGGGAAACCAAGGAAAGCCUGGGGCCUGCUGGAUGGCUUCUAGGUUCUCCCGGGUUGUGUUGGUGCUAAUAGAUGCUCUGCGAUUUGACUUUGCCCAGCCCCAGCACUCACAUGUGCCUGGAGAACCUCCUGUCUCCCUGCCCUUCCUGGGCAAACUAGGCUCCUUGCAAAGGAUCCUGGAGAUUCAGCCCCACCAUGCCCGACUCUACCGAUCUCAGGUUGAUCCCCCCACCACCACCAUGCAGCGCCUCAAGGCCCUCACCACUGGCUCAUUGCCUACUUUUAUUGAUGCUGGCAAUAACUUUGCCAGCCAUGCCAUAAUGGAAGACAAUCUCAUUAAACAACUUACUAAUGCAGGGAGGCGUGUAGUCUUCAUGGGAGAUGAUACCUGGAAAGACCUUUUCCCUGGAGCUUUUUCCAAAGCUUUCUUCUUCUCUUCCUUCAAUGUCAGAGACCUACACACAGUGGACAAUGGCAUCCUGGAACACCUGUAUCCCACCAUGGACAGUGGUGAAUGGGACGUGCUGAUUGCUCACUUCCUGGGUGUGGAUCAUUGUGGCCACAAGCAUGGCCCUCACCACCCUGAAAUGGCCAAGAAACUUAGCCAGAUGGACCAGGUGAUCCAGGAACUUGUGGAGCGUCUGGAGAAUGACACACUGCUGGUGGUGGCUGGGGACCACGGGAUGACCGUGAAUGGAGACCAUGGAGGGGAGAGUGAGCUGGAGGUCUCGGCUGCACUCUUUCUGUACAGUCCCACAGCACUCUUUCCCAGUGCCCCACCAGAGGAGCCAGAAGUGAUUCCUCAAGUCAGCCUCGUGCCCACACUGGCCCUGCUGCUAGGCCUGCCUAUCCCAUUUGGAAACAUUGGGGAGGUGAUAGCUGAGCUCUUCUCAGGGGGCAAAGACUCCCAGCCCCACUUCUCUGCUCUAGUCCAAGCCUCAGCUCUCCAUCUCAAUGCCCAGCAGGUAUCCCGAUUUCUUCAUACCUACUCAGCUGCUACUCAGGACCUCCAAGUUAAGGAGCUUCAUCAGCUACAGAAUCUCUUCUCCAAAGCCUCUGCUGACUACCAGUGGCUUCUUCAGAACCCUCAAGGGACUGAGGCUGCACUGAAGACUGUGAUUGCUGAGCUGCAGCAGUUCCUGCGGGGAGCUCGGGCUAUAUGCAUCGAGUCUUGGGCCCGUUUCUCUCUGGUCCGCAUGGCAGGGGGUGCUGCUCUCUUAGCUGCUGCCUGCUUUCUCUGUCUACUCGCAUCCCAGUGGGCAACAUCCCCAAGCUUCCAUUUUCGCCCUUUACUACUUAUACCUGGGGCCUGGGGCCUGGGUGGAGCCAUACUAUAUGCUGGAUUUUUGACAACUACUGGGCUGAAGCUGGAUCCAGUGGUUCUAGGGACCAUAGCUGCAACAAGCUCCCUCCUCCCUUUUCUGUGGAAAGCCUGGGCUGUCUGGGGCUCUAAGAGGCCCCUGGCAACUCUGCUUCCUAUGCCUGGGCCUGUCCUAUUACUCCUGCUCAUUCGGUUGGCUGCCUUCUUCUCUGAUAGUUUUGUUGUAGCUGAGGCCAGGGCUACCCCCUUCCUUUUGGGCUCACUCAUUUUGCUCCUGGUUGCCCAGCUUCACUGGGAGGGCCAGCUUCUACCACCUAAACUGCUCACAAUACCCCGCCUUGGCUCUUCUUCCCCAACAGGCCCCCAACGGCACAGUGGUACAUAUGCCCUGAAGCUUGGAAUUGGGUUGCUUUUAUGUACAAGGCUAGCUGGGCUUUUUCAUCGCUGCCCUGAAGAGACACCUGCUUGCCACUCCUCUCCCUGGCUGAGUCCUCUGGCAUCCAUGGUGGGAGGUCGAGCCAAAAAUUUGUGUUACGGAGCUUGUGUUGGGGCACUGGUGACCCUAUUAGUUGCUGUGCGACUGUGGCUUCGCCGCUAUGGUAAUCUCAAAAGCCCUGAGCCCCCUGUGCUCUUUGUGCGUUGGGGGCUGCCUCUGAUGGUACUGGGCACUGCUGCCUAUUGGGCAUUGGCAUCGGGGGCCGAUGAAGCACCCCCACGUCUCCGGGCCCUGGUUGCUGGGGCAUCAGUUGUGCUUCCUCGGGCAGUGGUGAUGCUGGCUGCUUCAGGACUCAUGCUGCUUCUCUGGAGGCCUGUGACAGUGUUGGUGAAGGCUGGGGCAGGUGCCCAAAGGACCAGGACUGUCCUCACUCCCUUCUCAGGCCCCCCUACUUCUCAGGCUGACCUGGAUUAUGUGGUCCCUCAAAUUUACCGACACAUGCAAGAAGAGUUCCGGGGCCGGCUAGAGAGGACCAAAUCUCAGGGUCCUUUGACUGUGGCUGCCUAUCAGUUGGGGAGCAUCUACUCAGCUGCUAUGGUCAUGGCCCUCACCUUUUUGGCCUUCCCACUUCUGCUAUUGCAUGCAGAACGCAUCAGCCUUGUGUUCCUACUUCUGUUUCUGCAGAGCUUCCUUCUCCUGCAUCUGCUUGCUGCUGGGAUAACCAUCACUACCCCUGGUCCUUUUACUGUGCCGUGGCAGGCAGUGUCUGCAUGGGCCCUCAUGGCCGCACAGACCUUCUACUCCACAGGCCACCAACCUGUCUUUCCAGCCAUCCACUGGCAUGCAGCUUUCGUGGGAUUCCCAGAAGGUCAUGGCUCCUCUACUUGGCUGCCUGCUUUGCUAGUAGGAGCCAACACCUUUGCCUCCCACCUCCUCUUUUCAGUAGGUUGCCCACUACUCCUGUUGUGGCCUUUCCUAUGUGAAAGUCAAGGGCCAAGGAAGAGGCGGCAACCCCCAGGGAGUGAAGCCGAGGCCAGAGUCAGGCCUGAGGAGGAGUUGGAGGAGCCACUGAUGGAGAUGAGGCUCCGGGAUGCGCCUCACCACUUUAAUGCAGCACUACUGCAGCUGGGCCUUAAGUAUCUCUUUGUCCUUGGUGUUCAGAUUCUGGCUUGUACCUUGGCUGCCUCCAUCCUCCGCAGGCAUCUAAUGGUCUGGAAGGUGUUUGCCCCCAAGUUCAUUUUUGAGGCCAUAGGCUUCAUUGUGAGCAGCGUGGGACUUCUCCUGGGCAUAGCGUUGGUGAUGCGAGUGGAUGGUGCUGUGAGCUCCUGGUUCAGAAAACUAGUUUUGGCCCAGCAGAGGUAGCCUAGGCUAUGGAUGCUUGCAUCUGACUACAGAGAGAACUGAAGAAUAACAUAGCCUGGCCUGCACAGGUGCUAGCUAAGCGCAAGAGAGGCUCAGCCACACCUCUUAUCGUCAUGCAGCCAGGCAUUACUGACUCUGGGACUUCAUUAUUUUAGAAUUCAAAAUCACAGUGGAGCCUGAUCUCUAACUCUUGAUUUGAUUGCAUCUGAUGGACAAGGGUGGUGGUUGCGGGGCAUGGUUCUCCAAAGUGGAAUAAAAUAAUGUAAAUAUGUUUGUCUGAGAUGUGGGGAAGUCCCCACUGUCAUACAUGGGUUGGAGGGAGGGUCAGUCUCCCCUCUCAGGCAGAUUGUAUCAGUCAUCUUAGAUAGGCCUGGCUACACCUGAGAACAUUUGGCAAGAGGUUGGAGUUAACUGAAUUCACUGCCCCCACUUUUUCCUAGAUCACUCCUGUUAUCCCACUUAUGAUUUUCCUUUGCUAUUCAAUUAACACAUUUUAUGAGUUCUUAUGCUUUGACUGAUCACAGAGAAGACUAAGAAUAUAAACCCAGGCAUCAUGGAUUAUACAAUUUCACUGAAGGCCCCAAAUCAGCUUUCCUGAUGUGUCCUUUCACUCUGGGACACCCUUUGCUCUUCACUUCUGUGGAAGUAUCCCUAGUUUCUCAGCCUGUGCUGCCUGUUUAUUUAUUUAUGGUACUGGGGAUUGAACGUAGGGGUGCUUCACCGCUUUUUGCUACAUCCCCAGCCCUUUUAUUUUUUAUUUUGAGACACCCUCUCUAAGUGGCUGUGCUUGCCUUGAAUUUGCAAUCUUCCUGCCUAACUCUCUAGUUGCAUGUGCCACUGUGCUUCGCUUUGUGUUGCCUUUUAUCAGAUCCAUUUGCCCAUCUUUUUUUGGCUGAGGGAAGAUGGUUAUGGAAAUUGAACCCAGGGCUUGGCAUGUGCUAGGCAAGCACUUGACCACUGAGCUACAUCUCUAGUCCUUUUUAUUUUAUUUUGAGACAGUCUCACUAAGUUGCUGAGACUAGCCUCAAACUGUGAUUCUUUUGCCUCAACCUCUAGAAUAUAGACCUGCUUGCCCAUCUUAUAGAACGUUCCACUGUGUCUCAUUAUUUCUGGACUUGAAACCAACACUGUAUGGAUCUAUCUAUCUAUCUAUCUAUGUAUCUAUCUAUCUAUCAAUCACUAAGGUUUGAACCCAGCACCUUAUGCAUUCUAGGCUAGAGCUCUAACACUGAGCUAUACUCAGCCUCAAAACCAUAAAAUCUUAAUGUUUCUCUUGUAUAUCUCCUGUGUCCUCUGUCCACUCCAUCCCCACACUCAGGUGUCAGUUUUGAAGUGAUGGCGUGAGAUCCUCCUGGAGAUGUCCAUCAAAAGAGUUUGGAAGUCAGAGGGGUGUAGUGGGCAUAUGCCUUUAAUUCCAGUGAUUUAGGAAGCUGGAAAGAGGAGGAUUGCAAGUUCAAGGCAAUUUAGGGAGAUACUGUUUCAAAAAGGGCUGUGAAUGUAGCUCAGCAGUUGUGUACCACUUGGUUCACUCCUCAAUACCACAAAAAUAAAUAUAAAAUAGAUAAAGUGGAUUAUUUACCUUUUAGAAACAAAGUUGGGAAGAGGCUUUGAAGAGAAGGGUUAGGACUAAGGUUUGAGGUUUGAGCAUGCUCAAGUCAUGAGAAGAUGGGAUUGCUGAAAGAAGAAAAGAUCUUAAAAAGGUGGAAGAGCACCUACCUUUAGUUGGCAUGAGGAAGAAAAGAUAAGGAGCAGUGGUUGUAAAGAAAUAUUCACUGCUGUGGUAGGUGGCUAAGGGAAGAGUUCAAAGUAUUAAUGGGUAAGAUUGUAAGGUACAGAGGUCAAAUAGAUGAAAAGUGUGCACUCUGUGAGGCAAUUAAGAGAUAGGUCGUUAGUUACGCUGGUUAUAAACAGGUUUAAUAAUGCAAGAUGGAGAAGUUAGGUCCCCAGCUAGCCUAUAAAAUGAAUAAGGGAAGAAAACAGUGGUAGAACAAACAGUGCCUUUGUGAGAAAGAAAAAUGCCCUUUUCCAUCUCUAGUACCCAGGGAAAGGAUUUCAGACCCCAGGCCCUCACCAUCUCCUCUGCCAGCACCUCCACCAACCCCACCCCAAUUUUAUUUAUUUAUUUAUUUAUUUUUUGCAGGGACUUCCUUACCUAGAGUCUAAGGAUAAUCACCCAUCCACUAUAUAAUCACUUUCUUUUGAUAAAUCAUCGGAAUUCUUUUAGAGAAAGAUAUGUUAGCAUAUUGAUGACAUCAUUAAAUACACUACUAGAAGUUCUUCCUUGCCAGACAUGGUGGCACAUGCCUUUAAUUCCAGCUACUUGGGAGGCUGAGGUUUGAGGAACCCACAUUUGAGGACAGUGUGGGUGAUUUAUCAAAACCCUAUCUCAAAAUAAAAAAAUAAAAAGGACUAGGGAUGUAGCUCAGUAGUAGAAUGCCCUUGGGUUCUGCAAAAAGAAAAAGAAAAAAAAAAAAAAGGAGAAGGAAAAACAAACAAAAGAAAUGGGAUCAUAUAAUCUGUGGUCAAUCUUCUGUGAUUGACUG